AUGAGGGGUUUCUCUGUCUCGGACGACAGACUCAGCAAUGUCAGCAGCAGCACGGGAAGCACUAUUAGCACCGCCAGCACCGCCAGCACUGCCAGCACCGCUACUCCCACCAACAGAACUUCGAGCUGGCCUCUCCAACUCACAAACAGACGGGGACCUCCUCAAAACGGUCAACCAAAGUCUAUUCUCCGAAGGGGCGGCCGCCCACCACCAACACCGUCUCGUGCUCGACGAAACUCGGACUCAUCUUUGGCCUCGUCCAACAUCCCCGAAGUAGGAAGCGGUUCCGAGACGGGCGGCUCUGAUGUCGGCAGCUCUGUUCUCUCGGGAGCUCCCAUGCCCUCUCAGAUCCAUCUGGCCCCUGGAAUGCCCGGACGCCCUCCCCUCCCACACCACGCAACCACUGGUUCGCUUGGCCUCCCACGCAGGGUGCUCAGGGCCAAGAUCCCUAUAAUCAACCUCCCCGAAGAACGUCGUGCCACCGUUAACCUACGCCCCUCCCGGGUGCCAACCCCUCCUCAGGGCCCUCACGAUGGUCCCUACGGCCCUCCUCCUAGCAAUGUGCGCACGAUUCCUGCGCCACGCUAUGUCCUUGACAACCGACCCCACGAUUAUCACGAUCAGGAUACCGAAACCGAGUCCGUUUCGGAAUCCUCGAUGCACUCCAACAGCACCAGCACUCUGGCGACUACGGUCGACUCGAGACUCUCCCUUUCGGACUGCGCCAGUGAUGUAACACCAACCAGCAUCUUCAGAUCCUCCUCAAAGUCCAACAAGUCAGCACACUCUACCGUCCGGUUUACCCGUAGCACCACCGGGUCUGAUUCUGAUGACACCAGCGUUGCUAGCUCCAACCACCCACCUCGCAGUUCGCAGCUUCGCGUGCCGCAACCAUCUCCCCGCCCCUCGUCGCGGACUGACAUGGUCGUUGCCCGAACAAACAGUGAGCCUUUGCCAUCUGUUAAGAUCAGGGUGCAUCACCGGAGUUCCAGCCAAGAAGAGCUGAGGCAACAACAGUUGAUGGAGACAAACCUUAAACGCAAGAUCGCCAACCUCGAGAUUGAGGUCAGGGAGCUGCGCAACGGACAAAGCGCAGAGAGACAAACGAUGGACGAGCUUCAACACCACCUCAAUAUGCAAGGCCGCAGGAUGGCGGAGCUGGAGCAACAACUGAACGCUACGCGUGCGGAAAAGGCUGAGAUGCAAGCUGAGCUACAAGGCAAGCUUGACAACGAAACCAGAACCGCCGCCGAGUACAAGACUACUUGUGCAGCAACUAGCGCAAUGCUCAGCGAAGUCCAGAAAGAAAGGGACGAUCUCAAGGAGACUAGCAAAACCCUCAAGGCUACCGUCACCCGUCUGGAGGAAGAUAUCAAAUCCCUGCAGGGAGAUCGGUCCGAACAUGAGGUUCGUCUCAUGCAGCAAAUCUCGACUAUGAGGAUCACGAACAAUGCCCUCGAAGAGCAACGUGAUUUGAGGGACAAGGAGAUUGAAAAGUUGAACACCAACCUCGAUGAGUUGAGGAUCACCAAAGAAGUGCUUCUUGGCGAGGUUGCCACUCUCACCGAUGCGAAGCACCUUGGCGACCAGAUGCGUCAAAAGCUGAUUGAUGAUGCUGCGGAGGACAAGCAGAAGCUCGCUCUAGCGGCAGAGAAGGCAGAGAUGGAGCUUAAACAGCGAAUCGCCGAGCUGGAGAAGGAGAAGGCGGAACUGGAGGAGGCCAAGGCCGCAGUGGAAGCAGCUCGGGCUGACUUGGAGAGCAAGCUCACCACAGCCGAGGCUAGGUCCACCGCUCUCACCACGCGCAUUGAUGAGCUUGAGAUGUCCAGUGCCGGUCAGAGUAACAAGGUCGGCACGUUGGAGGGUGAGAUUGCCGUGCUCAGGGCUGAAGGUGUCAACCUCCGCAUGCUGAUCGAGGGUCUCGAAUCCGACAAGGCUGGCCUGAAGAAGCAAAUUGAGGAUCUGGAGGCUGAGAGGUUGAAUGGACGGGUACUACUCACCACCCUCAACACCGAUCUGGCGGGAGCGCAGACUGCCAACGUGUCGAUUGCCACUCAAAAGCUCAAUGCCGAGCAAGAGUUGGCGAGAAUGCGCGAGUCUCUUGAGGCCGCAAAGGGCAACAUGAUGACGCUUUCUGGGCUCAACGCCGCUCUCCAGGCCGAGGCAGACAAGGUUCCAGGUCUACAAAGCGCCAAGGCUGAGCUGGAAUACCAAGUUGCCAACCUCAGCGUUUCCAAGGUCGAGCUGGAGUCCAAGGUCACUGAGCUGGAGGCCAAGGUUGCCGAGUUCGAGACUCGUGUCGCGACGCUACAAAGCGAUGCAGACAAGGUCCCCGCCCUGGCUGGCGAGAGGGACGCAGUCCGUGAAGUGGUUUCUGAACUUCAGGACAAGGUGUCCAGGCUGGAAGCGAAGCUUAACAAGGCGCAGGCUGAGGCCGACCAACUCCCUUCCAUCAUGGCAAACAGGGAGGAGCUUGUGAAGCGGGUGAGGGAGCUCCAGGACAAGGUCAUUCGACUUCAGGACGAACUCAACUCGGAUCCCGACGUGACCACGGCGGAGCUCAGGGCCGAGUUGGAUGCAAAGCACCAUGAGAUCGAGCGUCGGAUGGAGGAGGCUGCUUACCUGAGAGACCAGAACAACCGUCUUGCGGCCCAGUUGGGCUCAGCUCGCGGCCAGCUCGAGGGUCUUCAAACAUCACUGGUCGUCGCUCACCAUCAUCGCAAAUCCAGCCGCGACAGCAGGUCUCGGGCGUCGUCGCGUGAUAGGUACGAGGAAAAGUCGAGCAGCAGCAGGAGCAGGAGGAAGAAGGACAAGGAUAUGGUCGUCGUGCGGAACUCCAGCGACAGAAGCGCCGUGUCAGUUUUACUUCAUUACGCCGCCGGUAUCUAA